AUGGCUCGCUGGCUUUCGGCCUUACUCUACGCACAAUUGGCACUAUGUCGCCGCCCAAACAUCCUCUUCGUCUUGGUAGAUGACCAGGAUCUACAUAUGGAAAGUGUUGAGCAUAUGCCAUAUCUCAAGGAGCACGUUGUCGACAAAGGUGCCACCUACAGCCAGCAUUAUUGCACAGUAGCGUUAUGCUGCCCGUCUCGUGCCACACUCUGGACAGGCAAAGCGGCUCACAAUCACAAUGUGACCAAUGUGUCGCCUCCUCAUGGAGGAUAUCCAAAGGUGGUCCAGCAGGGGAUCAAUGAUGAUAACCUAUUCCUAUGGAUGCAAGAAGCUGGCUUUAACACAUAUUACGUGGGGAAGCUGUGGAACUUCCACUCCGUAGACAAUUUCGACCAGCCAUACGCCAAAGGAUUCAAUGGAUCCGACUUCUUGCUCGAUCCCUAUACCUACCAGUACUGGAAUGCAAAGAUGUCGCACAAUGGACAGGCACCGGUAAGCUACGCCGGGCAAUACUCAACAGAUGUAGUUUCUCAAAAAGCCAGUGCUUGGCUAGAUGAGGCUUUGGAGCUUGACAAUCCAUUCUUCCUAACUGUCGCUCCCAUCGCACCUCAUUCCAACUGGGUGAUCGAUAUCGAGAAUGAUCUCUCCUACCUCGAGGAGCCUAAAGUGGCGCCACGACAUCAGCACCUUUUCGAGGACUAUAAAAUUCCACGCGAUCAAAGCUUCAAUGCGCCGAUCCAGGGAGGAGUCAGUUGGCACUCGUCUCUUUCUCCACUAAAUGAUACCGUGCUUGAAUAUAACGAUCACUACCAGCGACAAAGGCUUAGAGCAUUGCGGGCUGUGGAUGAGAUGGUGCACGAGCUGGUUAAAAAAUUGGAGAGGUCUGGCCAGCUAGAAAAUACCUACAUCUUUUAUACAUCGGACAACGGAUAUCACAUCAGUCAGCAUGGACUGCACCCUGGCAAAGAAUGCGGAUAUGAUACGGAUAUUCAUAUUCCAUUCUUCGUCCGUGGGCCCGGUGUUGAUGAAGGAUCUGUGGUGGAUGCCGUUACCACCCAUACGGACGUGAGCUCCACGCUGCUCAAGAUUGCUGGCGUUGGGCAAACAGAUCUCGAUGGGGUCGCCAUGCCAUUGGGCACUGCAUCUCUUGAUUCGGAAAGACAUGAGCAUGCUACUAUAGAAUAUUGGGGCGCCGCCGUUCCGGAGGGUCACUAUGGCAUGCGAAGCGAUGGUAACAGAGAGGCCGGCGUCAUACAACAUGCCUACGUGAAUAACACGUAUAAAGGGCUGAGAAUUUCCUCGCCAGAGUAUAGCCUCUACUACUCCGUGUGGUGCACUAAUGAGACCGAGUUCUUUGACCUCAAGUCCGAUCCAUACCAAACAGUCAAUCUGGCAGCCGACAACAAUGGUUCCGAUACGCAUCAGUUUGCCGGGCGGCCCCUCGGGCAGGUUUUCUCCCGCUUAAACGCACUGAUCAUGGUUCUCAAGACUUGCAAGGGUCGGGCUUGCACCCACCCAUACGAGAGCCUACAUCUCAAGGGAGACGUCUCAAGCUUAAAAGAAGCCUUAAACCCAAAGUUUGACGUCUUCUAUAUCACGCAGCCGCAGAUGUGGUAUACCGAAUGCCCAAUGACAUAUAUUGCGGAAUUCGAGAAUCAAGAGCAAGUUGCAGAGUUUGCAGUUGGUAGGGGGUUGCUCAAACAAAGAGAGGGCUUUGAUUGGGGGAAUCACUGGCAUCACUUUACAUAA